AUGAAAUACCAUCUUUCUGCUCUAAAUCUCCUCUCAACAGCCUCCGCCCUCAAUGUCCUCUUAAAUUUCGACUUCUUUACGCCCUCUGUGGCUCCCAUCCAAUGUCUGCCCUCUCUUCCCUUUCCCCAAUGGCUCACAGACUUCACAGGCCUCAAAGAAUGGCCAGGAAUGGAUCCUCCCUAUAUUAAACUAGAUUUUAUCAAUUUUGAUCAGGUGCCUCUGGAUCUGAACAGAUGGAUCCACCAGCAGGGCCAAUGUGCCCCGGAACUCAAGAAUCAACACGUGUGCUCCUUUGACUGCUUUAAUUGCGUGGCUGCUGACGAUGCCUACACUUGUCCGGUGCUUAGUCAGACGUUUGACGAUGGACCCUCGCCAUAUACUCCUGAGCUCGUGGGCCAAUUGAAGUCCAAGUCUACGUUUUUUACCAUUGGCGUCAACGUGGUACGCUACCCCCAGGUUUAUAUCGAAACAGCUUCUCAGGGCCAUAUCAUGGGCUGCCAUACGUGGUCGCACAAGUUUCUUCCGUCGCUUUCCAAUGAGGAGGUGGUGGCACAAAUUGAAUGGUCCAUCUGGGCCAUGAAUGCCACAUACGGUCAUCUUCCCAAGUGGUUCCGUCCGCCAUACGGAGGAAUCGACAACCGAAUCCGAUCCAUCCUCCGUCAGUUUGGCAUGCAAGCAGUCUUGUGGGACUACGACACCACGGAUUGGCGGUAUGUGUCGGAUACGACACUUGCGGAGGGUGAUGUCUAUUCUAAACUAGACACAUUCAUCAAGUCGAGUGGCAAAAGGGGUUUGAUACUUGAGCAUGAUAGCGUGCAGAAGACCGUGAACAUGGGAAUCAAGAUCCACAAGCAGAUUGGGUCCAACCAAAUGACAGUACCCCAGUGUGUGGGAGGAAUUGAUUACAUCAAAGAGUUUCCCCGGCCAAAGAUAGUGUAG